AUGUUGUUGAAGGCAUCGGACAACGAACGCAUCGAUCCCGCCGUGCCCGCCAGCCAGCCCACCAUGGACUCCAAGGCCCGAGAGCCAAAGUGCAUCAAUGCCAUGCAUCCCCGAGCUGCCGACGACGAGAAGAUGCCGCUCCUUUUGAACGGCCAGUCCUGCAGCUUCUCAACCGACAUGAUGCCCGAUGAGAGCCAAUCUCAUCAUCCUCGCGCCACCACUACUACGACUAGCACCACCAGCACAAUUCCCACCAAGGAACUCGACUACGACAACCGCUCUACCGCCGAGAGGCCCAGACUAGCAGCCCGCCGCCUUCUGCCGAAAUGUACGAGACCAUGGAUCACCGGCGUGUUCGCCUUGUACCUCACGGGCCUCAUCCUAAUCUCGGUCUACUAUGCCAGCAAGCUAUUCGACGCCGGCAGCUGGCCAGCCCCAGCCCGCCGUCCAGCACAACCAGCUGCUUCUCCGGCCUCUCCGGUCUCUCCAGCCUCGCCAGUCCGGAACCGGGAGGCGGCCGUCUCCAAGGCGGCCGCCUUUGUGGCGCGGCUCAACCUGACGGAAAAGACGCGCAUGGUCACUGGCCGACUCGGUCUUGAGGCCGGCGGCUGCAUCGGCAACAUCGCGCCGGUCGAGCGCGUCGGCUUCCCGGGCCUCUGUCUGCUCGACGGGCCCACGGCGCUGGACCGCGCCGACCUCGUCAGCGUCUUCCCGGCAGGGCUCACGACGGCCGCCAGCUGGGACAAGGAGCUCAUCUACCAGCGCGGCAGGGCCCUGGGCGACGAGUUUCGCGACAAGGGCGUCCACGUCGGGCUCGGCCCAGUCGCCGGGCCUCUUGGACGCCAGCCGCUGGGCGGCCGCAACUGGGAGGGCUUCUCGGUCGACCCGUACCUUACGGGCGUCGCCAUGCGGCUCACCAUCGAGGGCAUGCAGGCCGCGGGCGUGCAGGCCUGCGCCAAGCACUUGAUCGGCAACGAGCAGGAGACGCAGCGGACCAACUCGUGGCUCGCCAACGGCACCGAGAUGGCCGCCAUCUCGUCCAACAUGGACGACCGCACCCUGCACGAGCUGUACCUCUGGCCCUUUGCCGACUCCGUCCGGGCCGGCGUGGCGAGCGUCAUGUGCAGCUACAACCGCCUGAACCAGACGUACGCGUGCGAGAACUCGGCCCUGCUGAACGACGUGCUCAAGACGGAGCUGGCCUUCGAGGGCUACGUCAUGUCGGACUGGUUCGCCACGCACUCGGGCGCCGACGCCAUCAACAACGGGCUCGACAUGAACAUGCCCGGCCCCAUCGGCCACGCGCAGGCCCUCACGGGCGAGACGUACUGGGGCCCGAACAUCACGCGCAUGAUCAGGGACGGCUCCGUCCUCGAGGCGCGCCUGGACGAGAUGGUCCGGCUCAUCAUGACGCAGUACUACCUCUUCGACCAGGACGCCGCCGACUACCCGGCCGUCGACCCGUCCAUCAUCUACACCAUCGCGGCCCAGUCGAACCUGCUCGACCUCGUGCCCCUCGAGCCGCCGCCGAGCCGGGACGUGCGGCGCGACCACGCGAAGCUCAUCCGGAAGCUGGGCGCCGAGGCGACGGUCCUCCUCAAGAACGUCAACGGCACCUUGCCGCUCGGGAAACCGACCAACAUCGGCGUCUUUGGCAACGACGCCGCCGACCCGGCCGACGGGCUGGUCUUUGGCGCCGGCUUCGAAAUCGGCACGCUCUCCGUCGGCGGCGGGUCCGGCACGGGGCGGCACACGUACCUCGUCUCGCCGCUCGAGGCCAUCAGGGCGAGGGCGCGCGGGACCGGCGCCCGCGUGCAGCACAUCCUGAACAACAAGGUGCUGGCCGCCGGCGACUUCAGCGGCCUCUACCCGGUGCCCGAGGUCUGCCUCGUCUUCCUCAACACGUUCGCGUCCGAGGCCUACGACCGGACGAGCCACGAGGCGGACUGGAACUCGACGCUGGUCGUCGAGAACGUGGCGAGGCGGUGCCCCAACACCGUCGUCGUGACGCACUCGGCCGGCAUCAACACGCUGCCGUGGGCCGGCAACCCGAACGUCACGGCCAUCUUGGCGGCCCAUCUCCCGGGGCAAGAGACGGGGAACUCCGUCGUCGACGUCCUCUGGGGCGAUGUGAAUCCGUCGGGCAGGCUGCCCUACUCGAUCCCCGUCGACCCGAAAGACACGGAUAUCCCCAUCGUCAACCUCACCGAGGCCGAGGUCACGUCGCCCACGGCCUGGCAGGCCAACUUCACCGAGGGCCUUUUGAUAGACUACCGGCAGCUGGACGCCAAUGAUAUCGAUCCCCUGUACGAGUUCGGCUUCGGUCUGAGCUACACCACCUUCGACCUGGAGUCGUCUCUGAAGGUCGAGCAACUCGUCAGCAGCGUCGCGGCCGCGCCAGACCCCGCCACGCCCAACGCCCCUGGGGGCAACCCGGAGCUCUGGGAGCCCGUCGUCCGCGUGACCGCUCGCGUCAAGAACACCGGGUCCGUUGCCGGCGCGACAGUCCCCCAGCUCUACGUCUCGUUGCCGAUGGACGCCGUCCCUGAGGGCACGCCCGUUCAGGUGCUGCGGGGGUUCGAGAAGGUCUCCUUGGAGCCGGGGGAGUCUGUUGUUGUUGACUUCGAGCUGCUGCGGCGCGAUGUAAGUUACUGGGACGUGCCGUCGCAGACCUGGGUGAUCCCGGAUGGUCCGAUCGGGUUCCGCGUUGGUUUUAGUUCUCGGGAUAUCCGCGCGACGGCGAGUCGUGCUGUUCGUUCAUCGUAG